UUCAGUCACUCUAGAGAUGAGUCUUACUGAAAUGAAGGAUGGAAAUCAAAUUCGGUGGCGGUUUGGGAAAUAUUUACUAGCUGAAAUAAAUGUAAAUAAUGACAGCAUCACUGUAUAUGAUGAUGUUCCUGAUGGGAGAUUCAGAAACAGACUGAAGGUGGACAAUCAGACUGGAUUUCUGACCAUCACAAACAUUACAUCUGAACAUGCUGGAGAUUAUGAAGUAAACACCAACCGACCAAUGAGUACAACUUUCUUUCUCACUGUCUACUAUACGGUGAAGUCAGUGUCAGUGAUGGAGGGAGAUUCAGUCACUUUAGACUCUGGUCUUACUGAAACAGGCCUACGUGAAAAUAAUAUAUGGUGGAAGACUGAAACCGAAAAGUUUAUUAUAGCUUCCAAGUAUGGUACUGAUGGGACAUUCAGAGACAGACUGGAGCUGGACCAUCAAACUGGAUCUCUGACCAUCACAAACAUCACAACUGAACAGGCUGGACUCUAUAAACUAGAGAUAAGGGGAGCAAACUCAUCAUCAAAAGCAUUCAAUGUUUCUGUCUAUGCUCGUCUGCCUGUUCCUAUCAUCACCAGUAACUCUUCAAACUGUUCAUCAUCAUCAUCAUCAUCAUCAUGUUCAUUGUUGUGUUCAGCUGUGAAUGUGAGUCAUGUGACUCUCUCCUGGUACAAAGGAAACAGUUUAUUGUCCAGCAUCAGUGUGUCUGAUCUCAGCAUCAGUCUCUCUCUACCUCUGGAGGUGGAAUAUCAGGAUAAAAACACCUACAGCUGUGUGCUGAACAAUCCCAUCAGCAACCAGACUCAACAUCUGAACAUCACUCAACUCUGUCACACAUGUGCAGACUCUGUCCACUGUUGUGGUCCUACUGAAGCUGUGAUACGAUUGGUCCUCUCUGCUCUGGUGGGUGUGGCUACUAUCAUUGCUCUGGCUUAUGAUAUCAGAUCCAGAAGAGCUGAACAAGAUCAAGCACAUUUUCACACAUCAGGUAGAAAUGAAAUUUAAAACAGCAUGCUGAAUAUUAAAGGUUCCUCAAGUGUGUUUCUUGUUCCUUUAGUGUUUUUGUACUAAUAAAUGUAUUUUUUUAACUUAAGCUUGUGCUCUCGCUUUUCAGUGUCUGAUAUUUUAAUUCAAUUUGAAAAGCUUUGUUUAUAUUUCUCUCAGAUACAUAAAACAAAUGAAUAAAGAUACACAGAUCUCACUUUACUACUAUUAUCCAUUUGUCAUAUGUAUUUACUUGCCUUUAUCAAUAAAGCUUUCUCAGUCUGAGGUUCAAGAGUCUCUUCAUGUUAUUAUGUCGAGCGCCUCCUGCAGGAAUACAAAUGUUAUGCAUAUUUUAAUGUUCAGUGUGCCAC